AAUAGAAAGGGGAAGAUAGCCUGCAGAAAUUCUAAAUAGAAGCUUUUUGUUACGUUGAGCAUUUAGAAAUAGUUGAAACCUAAAUCUUAAGUUUUAAACCUUCUGGGGAAUCUUUCCUGGCAGGCCCAGGCACUCUGCUCACUGAAGCAGCCUUCCUUGUAAGCUCUUUGUCGUUGGGACCAUUGAGAAAGUCUGUUGACAUCACAUAGUCCCUUGACUACUUUGAGGAUUCAGGAGGACUGUGGGCCUGAUGAUCAAGUGCUCAGUCUUCUUAACUACGCCACUGAAAGUGGGUUAUGUUAUUUAAGUAGCUCCGAGCAGUUAGGCUCUUAACUACCCCAACCCUUUUCUGGGAAAAUUCAUUAUCUGUAACUUCACUUUCUGCAGUUGCAGCUACAAUCAACCGUAUUUAGAAAAUAAAUGGGAAAUUCUCUGUUUUGAGAUAGACGAUAUAGGAACCCAUACACACAGAGUAUGUGUUUCACGGUGUGGCUCUAGCUGGCCUCGAACUCACUCUGUAGACCAGGCUGGUCUCAAACUCACAGAGAUCUGCCUGCCUCUGCCUCUCAAACUGUUCUGUUUUUAUUACUGUUGUUAAUCUCUUGUUCUAAUUUAAAUCAAACCUUCCUAGGUGUAUAUAAGAAGUGUGUGCACAAUUCAGUACCACUUGCUGUUUCAGACAGUUGUGUUCCGAGGCUCGGAAUCAACACAAGCAGACACAAGGAGUUACCACAAAGCAAGACUUCAUGCAGGGCAGCACAAAAGAAGAGGGGGAGGGGGCGGGGCUAAUCAGUCAGGGCCGCAGAACAGACCGAGGGGCCCGAACUGCCAUCCCAAAUGCCAGUUGAAGCAAGUAUUUAAGUAUAAAAAUCACAAACAUUUGUUGCCAGGUUAUAAUUUUCACCAGUCAGAAUUCGAAGAUUAGGGGCUUCCUGAAUGUUCCAUCAGAUAGACAAUGCAAGCCUUUCAGAACAGCCAAUCAGAUUCAUUUGUCCUAUCUGUUGUUGGGAACAGCCAUGUUUCUAGAGAACUGUGGUUUAAGGAGGAGAUGGGCCAGCUAUUGGACGUUUCCCAGCUCCCCUGGGCUUGGGAACCCGAACUUUAUUUCACCCUACAGGAUUUUGUAUCUUUGCUAAAGUCAGUGAUGUAAAAAGACCUGAAAUGGACGAUACUGCUGAUGGGAUGAAGAUGGAUGCUGGAGAAGUGACUUUAGUGAACCACAACUCCACCUUCAAAACUCAUCUCCUGCCACAGUCAUGUUUUCCAGAGGACCAGCUUUCACUUUCUGACCAGCAGAUCCUGCCUUCCAGGCAGGGGACUUUGGACCGACUUUCCCCAUGUUCUACAAGAAGUGCAGCUUAUCAUCAUUACUCAGGAUUCUUUGUCAGCAAGAUGAGAUCUCCUCCCCUAAAAAGACAUAACCCUUCCUCAGACAGUUUCCUUGGCUCAGAUGACACAAGAACCUUCGGUCAAAGUGCAAAUGGACAGUGGAGAAACUCCACUCCAGCAUCAGUCUCUACGCUACAAAAAUCAAGAAAUAGCCGAAGUCUUUACCUCGAAACCCGAAAGACCUCAAGUGGAUUAUCACACACCUUUACAGGAAAGUCAAAUCAUCACUGCCAUGUGUCUGCAUAUGAAAAGUCAUUUCCUAUUAAGCCUGUCCCGAGUCCCUCCUGGAGUGGUUCAUGUCGUCGGAGUCUUUUAAGCCCUAAGAAAAUGCAGAGGCGGCAUUUCAGCACAGCAGAAGAGACCGUUAAAGAAGAAGAAAAAGAGCUCUAUAGGCAGCUGUUGCAGAUGGUCACAGGGAAACAGUUCUCUGUAGCCAAGCCCACCACACAUUUCCCUUUGCACCUAUCUCGAUGUCUUAGUUCCAAUAAGAACUCCCUGAAAGACUCCCUGUUGAGAAAUGGGAACUCUUGUGCAUCUCACGUCUUUGGCUCUGAUACUUCAUCCUCUGGCUCUGCUAGCGUUAUAACUGCGCAGGAACCGCUGUCCCGCAGUGCGUUUCCCCUGUCGUCUUGUGCCCGAGAUGCUGCAUUUGGACCCAAAGCAUCUGCUCCUUACCGCCAGUCUCACGCUCACCUCUCCACCCCACCUCAGCCAGAAAACUUGCCAGCAUCAAGUGCACAGUCUGAAGGAUCAGACUCUGUGAUUUUACUCAAAGUGAAAGAAUCUCAAACUCCAGCUUCCAGUCCUGCUUUCUUCCAGGCAGAGCUAUGGAUCAAAGAAUUAACGAGUGUGUAUGACUCUCGAGCCCGGGAGAGAUUCCGCCAGAUUGAAGAGCAGAAGGCAUUGGCACUGCAGCUUCAAAACCAGAGAUUGCAGGAACAGGAACAUGCAGUUCUCGAUUCCAUAGAACUGCACCUUCGUGUACCUCUUGAAAAGGAGAUUCCUGUCACAGCCAUCCAGGAAACCGCGAAAAAAAGUCACCAGCUAACUGAUAGUGAAGACGAAUUUCCUGAAAUUACAGAGGAAAUGGAGAAAGAAAUAAAGAAUGUAUUUCGUAAUGGUAACCAAGAUGAAGUCCUCAGUGAAGCGUUCCGCUUGACCAUUACACGCAAAGAUAUUCAAACUCUAAACCAUCUAAACUGGCUCAACGAUGAGAUCAUCAAUUUCUACAUGAACAUGCUGAUGGAGCGCAGUAAAGAGACGGGAUUCCCAAGUGUCCAUGCAUUUAAUACCUUCUUCUUCACUAAGUUAAAAACGGCUGGCUAUCAGGCGGUGAAACGUUGGACAAAGAAAGUGGAUGUAUUUUCUGUCGACAUUCUUCUGGUACCCAUUCACUUGGGUGUGCACUGGUGUCUAGCUGUCAUAGACUUCAGAAAGAAAAGUGUCACCUACUACGACUCUAUGGGUGGAAUAAACAAUGAAGCCUGCAGGAUCCUCUUGCAAUACCUAAAGCAAGAAAGUGUUGACAAGAAAAGGAGAGAGUUCGACACCAAUGGCUGGCAGCUCUUCAGCAAGAAGAGCCAGGAAAUUCCGCAGCAGAUGAAUGGAAGUGACUGUGGGAUGUUUGCUUGCAAAUACGCUGACUGCAUUACCAAAGACAGACCAAUCAACUUCACCCAGCAACACAUGCCGUAUUUCCGGAAGCGAAUGGUCUGGGAGAUCCUCCACCGGAAGCUCUUGUGAAGACUGUCUCAGAGAACGGACAUGAUAGUAUGGGGACCAGCCCUUUGCCAUCUCCAGCCAGAGACCUUGGGACAGCUGCUCCUCACCCUGUUCUUGUGCAGCCCUUGAUCCUGGACCAGCCCAGGCGAGAUGCACUCACAAGCACAUCUGCCUUUCCUUUUGUAUCUCAGAUACUAUUUUUGCAAAGAAACUUUGGUGCUGUGAAAGGGGUGAGGGACACCCCUAAGCCGGAGAGAGACUGCUUUUCACCUCAUUUCUGCCAUCUUGUUUCCAGAGGGCUCCAGCCUCACUGAGUCCCUAAUUAGGAGCGUACGGAAAGCUUGGGAAGAAUAUUGGUUUCUUAUAAACUUUUGUUGUUAGGCCUUACCAAGAAGUAGGCAAGGGCAUGGACAGCAGGUAGGGAUAAAAACCACCAGCACGUAGACAUACACAUGAUUCCCGAGAUGCAGAGGUAACAAUGGGACUGUAAACUGGACUUGGAGGCCCACGCUUAAGUCCCCUCCUGCAGAACCCUUCCUGUUUCUGUGCCCUGAUGUGAAACCCAACGGCUUCUCCUCAAAGCUGUUUGAUCACUGGUAGAGUCAUCCCACGCCGAGCACAGCGCACAAGCCUGGCAGACCCUGAAGUUACGAGCAGUCCUUUCCUGGCAGGCAGGGGUUUGUGUGUGCUAGCGCAUGUGCUGUGGAGAGGACACCCCCCAGAAGUGCUGAGUGUGGCAACAGGGCCCCACUUCACUGUUGCCUGCUUCUGACCAAGAAGAAGGACCUCGGUCUUUAGCAUCAGAUACCAGAGUUGGAUGAAUACAGGUCUAGAUGGUCUGUGGCUAGUAGUUUAAAUAUGUUUCUAACCACAGAGAAUUUUAUAUACAUAUAUACUUAUCUAUAUGUGUGUGCAUAUACAUGCAUAUAUGCACACACACGUGAAAUAUAUAUUUCACAGGGAUAUGCUUUUAAAAGAAAAAAGAGACUGAAUGUGUUCACCAUUUAGUCUGUAGGUUUAUUUUCAUCUUUCAAAUUCCAGCACACAGUGACCCCGACAGCUGCCUCGACCAGCUGCUCUGCAUUGGGUGUUUGUAGACUUCCUAAGAGUAUUUUGCAACCUGGAUGAAUUUGGCUUAGGAGUAAAGGUUACCAAGGUAAACGUCAUUUUCAGCUGAAAAACAAAACAAAAAAGGGUGGAGUUAGAUUGCUAAGCCUGAGAUUUUCAAACUGCUAUUCCUUUUGUUCUUUCUACCAUUUCUCCCACCCUCCGAGAGCUCCUAAGGUCUAGAUGGUGAGAUGAUCCAAUGCCAGUGUCAUUUUGUACUUACGUUCCAGAGCAGGAACAUUUUAUACUUUUCUGUAUUGUAAUGGGUAGUUUUAUAUAAAAUCUCCUCCUCUCCCCGGAGCCCCGUCCUUUCCAGCAUUGUGCUUCCUCCUUGGGCUUAUUUGAAAAUUCUACUCUGUUUUAUACCAAGCUUGUUUAGUACAUUUUUCUAUGUUUUACCACAGGUUACAAUUUGAAAACAACAACAACUAUUUUUUUUUAAUAUUCCAUUGUUAAACUGAAUGUUCGCGUCUCCACUCCAGCACCCAGUGUCCCCCGCUCUUCCUUGCCCCUGCAUGUUGGAGGAAGAGACCCCUUUGUACACUUACGUUUCCUUCUUCUGCUCCUCUCUCCUCUGCCCUCCCUUUCUCUUUCUUUUGAUUUUCCAUAGGAAAUAAAUAGCUUUCUGUGUCUGAGUUGCUGGGACCUUUCACACUCUGGUAGAAAACUGUGGCAUGCAGACUCACUGUAGGACUCUAGAAUACUGUCUGACUUGGUACUUGCUGUAUUUAAGUGACAGCUUACUCCGUGGCACUUUGGACUGUUACUAUAAAGACAAGCUUUCAGGCUUAUCUCACUACUAUCUGGGGCUCAUCAAAGAGAGUUUUCUGUGUUUAUUGUUUGUUCCUUUAGACAAUAUCUGUUUUAUCUUCCUCAGAGACUUUUUGUGUGGACCAAAGCAACAAAUAUUUAUUGCCAUGUAUAGCAGAAUAUGAGACAUGCAACAAAAGCACUUUGCAAAAUAUAUAAGGAGUUCUUGAGCCUGUCUGAAGUCGGCUCCCUUUCUCCAGUGCAGUUUGAAUGUGUACCAGGUGAAAGUUAGUGACCCCAAGGCCACUGCCCAUCCCAGGACUAAUAGGAGUGGCCGGUGUGGUGGGGUGGCUUCUCGGGAGUGUGUGCAGAUUGUGUGCAGAUAAGCCGUUCUUCGAGAGCGAGCCAGCCAGCCAGAGCAGGGCAAGUACCUGGAAACUCCUUAGUUCUGGAGUGAGCUCUGAUGACCAAGACUGAAGAGUUUCUGUAGUCUGUGGCCAAGGGUAUGCUCCGUAUCUGUUUAACCUGCUUUAAACUAAAUGUGCCUCUUGUUUUCCUUCUCUUUGUCUGUUUUCCCUGGCUUUAGUGCUCAUAUCCAUCCCCCUCCCCCACAAAAGGACUGUUUGAAGGAUGAUAAGCAUUGCAUGGCUGUUACAAACUUUUCAACAACAACAACAAAACAAAACCAAAAACACCACAGUCCUAGCAGUCAUCCCUGGACUGUGUGCAGAGAAAAUAAGAUUGGUCUCUGCCCUUUUGAGAACAUGUGGUGUGAUGUGUGGAAGAUUGUUAGAUCCGGUUGAUGGCUUGAGAUCCACUGUGACUCCCAGGAGUCCUGUGGAG